UCCAAGACUCCAUCUCGUCUCCCAGAUCGCCCUUCCCCGAAGCCUCACCCCAACCACAGCCAAGAUGUCGGACAUGGAUUCAGACGUGGACAUGGACGAUGCGCCCAUCACCAAACCCAACAACGACAUCCACUUCUCCUCCGCCAACACCGACAGCAAAGGGAAACGCAGCGCCGCCAAUCUCCCCGUCGAAGCAGAAGACAACCUUCCGUGGGUAGAGAAAUACCGCCCUGCCUCCCUAGCAGACGUGAGCGGACACCAAGACAUCCUCGCCACCAUCAACAAAUUCGUCGACUCCAAUCGCCUCCCUCAUCUACUGCUAUACGGACCGCCGGGCACAGGCAAGACGAGCACAGUCCUCGCACUCGCAAGAAGGAUCUACGGCGGCAAGAAUAUGCGACAAAUGGUGCUAGAACUCAACGCCUCCGAUGACCGAGGUAUAGACGUGGUGCGCGAACAAAUCAAGACCUUCUCAAGCACAAAACAAAUCUUUGCCGGCAGCUUCGACAAAUCGGCCACGCAGAGCGACAGCAUCGCCAACUUCAAACUCAUCAUCCUCGACGAAGCCGACGCCAUGACGAGCACGGCGCAGAUGGCGCUGCGAAGAAUCAUGGAAAAGUACACGGCCAAUACCCGCUUCUGCAUCAUCGCCAACUACACCCACAAACUCUCGCCCGCCCUGCUAUCCCGCUGCACACGCUUCCGCUUCUCCCCGCUCAAAGACGCCGACAUCCAGCGCCUCAUCGACAAAGUGAUCGAAGAGGAAGGCGUCAACAUCGCGCCCGACGCGGUGUCCAGUCUCGUCGCCCUAUCAAAAGGCGACAUGCGGCGCGCCCUCAACGUCCUCCAAGCCUGCCACGCCUCUUCCACCCCUCUGCACGUCCCCGGCGAACCAGUCCCAGACGCAAAAGACAUCAAGCGCGACCUCAUCACGCAAGAGACAAUCUUCGACUGCAUCGCCGCGCCGCAUCCAGAGGACAUCAACACGAUUGCGCAAACGCUGCUGACGACGGCGAAUGUUGGGUCGUGUUUGAGUACCAUCAACACGCUGAAGAAGACGAAGGGAUUGGCGUUGGCGGAUAUUCUGACGGCGCUCGGGGAGCAGUUGGCGGAGGUUGAAGUGCCUGCGCAGACGCGCGUCGCGUGGUUGGAGGGCCUGGCAGAAAUUGAGUACAGGUUGAGUGGAGGCGGGAGUGAGAGUGUGCAGACUGGUGGGCUUGUAGGGGUGGUGAGGAGCGGAGUUGGCAUGAUGAGUAACGGGAAGUGAUGAAGGGUGAAAGCAGGGAGACGUGCGCUCCAUGCAGGCUUCGAUUGGGACGGAUCUCCACCGUGAAGGGCUUAUGCACUUUUGUCACUGCUGCUGGGAGGUAGACAGCCGUCUCAUGCCAUCACGGGAUACCUCGUGUGCAGAGUUAGGGACGCAAGGCACAACGGCCCGAGGAGCGGAGUCGACAGUCGACUCUACCCUAGAUCUCCUCGGCGAAGCUAAGCAGGCGUGCUAGACGAUUAGACGCUGCCUUGAGCUCGGAGGCAUGUAAAACGAGUGACAGCUGUUCAGUGCAACGGUUGCGAGGGAUCUAAUU